GCGAGCGCCAACGCUGCAUACCACGCGCCCACCAUGUUCGGUCCCUUCCGUCUCACAAACCCGCUGUCGGGCGGUCUCCUCUGGAAAGUCCCAUGGCGCCUCUCGCGACACCAGAAGUACCGCCACCGCGAGCGCCUCCGGGGCGUCGAUUCCAUCGUAUCCACGGUCGACUCGGCGCUCGCGCGCCUAGGCCAGAGCCUGAAGAAGGUCGAGGCGUGGAAGAAGGACAUGCCGACCGAGCAGGAGAUGCUGCCCAGGGACAAAUACACCGUUUUCGAUCGGAAAGUGAAGAGGUAUAGGAAGGGAAUCCACAAGGUACCCAAGUGGACGAGAGUCAGCCAGAGACUGAACCCGCCGGGUUUCUAAGCGAGGGACGGACGACAGACCUCAGGUGUACAUUAUGUGGUAUUAUA